UUUGCCGGAAUUUGCUUUGAAUUUGUUUGGCUAGCACAUGUUUGGGAAAUUUGUUUGCCUUCCAACAUCCGGUGCGGGUCACACACGAAUGCUGUAAAUAGUUGGGGCACCAAGCAGCAAUCAGUCGAGGCCGCCGCAGAAAUCCGUGAAAUUAUCAAACGUGCCCCAAGGCCUAUGUCUGACAGUUUCAGCUGAAGAAAUCGAAGCAGGAAAAAGCGACGAAAAAGCAGCAAAAAUAAAGUUUCAGAGCGAGUUCAGUUUUUCGGCUCAUCUUGUGCAGCCUAUAUGUGAAGAUUUACCGCCUUUUGCAGGUGAAAAGUGAGAGUGAUUUAGAGAGAGUUCAAGUUUUCACCCGAAUAAGCGCCACAUUUAUGAAACAGCCGAAGCUUAUCGUUUUUCGCUUAUUUGGACAAAUCCACACACGGUUGAAGGAAAGAAAAAAAGCCACUGAAGUACAUAGUUGACUGAAUUUCCAUCGGGUUUCUCCAAGAAGCGGCACGGCAAUUUAUUCGUGGGGUCCAAUACCGUAAGAUGAGACAAAUUGAACUUUUGGUGGUGCUGGCGUUCGCAAUGAUCGCACUCCUGAUCCAGCCGAGCUCAUCCCAAUCCGAGGAGAUUCACCCGAGGGAGGGACGCCAGCUGUCUUCCAAUCGAAGUCCCUUCCUAGCCUAUUAUCAUUCGAAUUUUAAAUUCGUGCGAAAUCGCCCCCGACCUUCGCUCGGCAAUUCGAUCCCAUCGGGUCGACCCACAUUCUUCUCGGAUGGACCCUCGUCAAGUGGCAGUGGCGAUCUCGGCGGGUUUUCUCCGAUUCGAGUGACCCGGCCCCAGCAUCAGAGCAGCAGACCCCAACAGCAGACUCCGGCGUUCGAAUCUUCGGAUAAACCGCCAACUAGGUCACGGGACUUCUACGGAUGUCUCUCCAACUGUCUAACCCUAAGCCACUAUAGUCCAGUUUGUGGAACCGACCAUACCACCUAUCAUAACGUCUACAAGCUGGAAUGUGCCAACCGAUGCGGUGCGAGGCCGAGAGUACAAGUGCGGAGACCAGGAAUCUGCUGAAAAGCUGCCGAUAGAUCGGGCGAGGCGUUAUGUAGAUCUACAACCGAAAUAUAAGUAGAUCGUAUGAAGACGACCAAUUAGUUCAACCGAAUCCGCCACUGACCAACAAAUAAUAUGGCCAGCCAGAGCGG